CGCCGUCGGUUGGCCUAGGGUUGAGGAAAAUCGAUACUCUCUUUCUCAAGCUCCCGGCGCGUCUCCGGCUCCGACGACGAGAAUAAAGUUAGCCAUGGAACAUGGGACGUUCACAGAUCAUAGUAGUGCAACAUUUUCUUUGACUGAAGAGGAUCAUACACUAGCAAAUGCUGUUAGAUUCACCUUGAAUCAAGAUCCAAGGGUAACAUUUUGUGGGUACAGCAUUCCUCACCCGUCAGAUGCUCGAGUUAAUAUUAGAGUCCAGACAACUGGUGAUCCGGCAAGAGAAGUAUUAAAAGAUGCUUGUCAAGAUCUGAUGUUAAUGUGUAGGCAUGUCAGGAGCACUUUUGACAAGGCUGUUGAUGAAUUCAAAAUCAGCAACCCUGUGGAAGAAAUGAAUAUUGGCAAAAAGUAAUAUUAGAGAUUCUCAUUGUUGUCUUGGACAUUUACAGUUAAAUUAUUAUCUAGUUGAGAAUGUACUGAGGCCAACUUAAUCUUCAUUUUAUUAUGCACUUUUUGGAUCUUGUUUAUUCUUUUACUGUGUUAACAAAUGCCUAGCAGCAGCAGGCGAGGAUAAAAUGAUUGAAACAAG